GCGCCUGCGCCGUGACCUUAUCUAAGCGCAUGCGCCGGGAGGGACUGGCCGUAUUGAAAAAGCAUGGCGUGGGUACCAGCAGAGUCUGCAGUGGAAGAGUUGAUGCCCCGGCUGCUGCCGGUGGAACCCUGUGACUUGACGGAAGCUUUCGAUCCCUCAGUACCUCCGAGGACACCUCAGGAAUACCUGAGGCGGGUCCAGAUCGAAGCAGCUCAAUGUCCAGAUGUUGUGGUAGCUCAAAUUGACCCAAAGAAGUUGAAAAGGAAGCAAAGUGUCAAUAUUUCUCUUUCAGGAUGCCAACCUGCCCCUGAAGGUUAUUCCCCAACACUUCAGUGGCAGCAACAACAAGUAGCACAGUUUUCAACUGUUCGACAAAGUGUGAACAAACAUAGAAGUCACUGGAAAUCACAGCAAUUGGAUAGUAAUGUGACUAUGCCAAAAUCUGAAGAUGAAGAAGGGUGGAAAAAAUUUUGUCUGGGUGAAAGAUUAUGUGCUGAAGGGGCAAUUGGACCAGCUACAAAUGAAAGUCCUGGAAUCGAUUAUGUACAAAUUGGUUUUCCUCCCUUGCUUAGUAUUGUUAGCAGAAUGAAUCAGGCAACAGUAACUAGUGUCUUGGAAUAUCUGAGCAAUUGGUUUGGAGAAAGAGACUUUACUCCAGAAUUGGGAAGAUGGCUUUAUGCUUUGUUGGCUUGUCUUGAAAAACCUUUAUUACCUGAGGCUCAUUCACUGAUUCGGCAGCUUGCAAGAAGGUGCUCUGAAGUGAGGCUCUUAGUGGAUAGCAAAGAUGAUGAGAGGGUUCCUGCUUUGAAUUUAUUGAUCUGCUUGGUUAGCAGGUAUUUUGACCAGCGGAUAGCUGAUGAGCCAUCUUGAUGUACCGCUGACUCACAGGAUAAAGAUAUUCUGUGCUGAUGAAAGCAGCCUAAGUCUGAAGAAAUGCAAUGCCAAUUCAAGUACAGAUUGUAUCACAUCUUCAAAAUUAUAUGAAGGGUCCUCAUCUUAGCCUGUGCAACUCAAGUUGAUAUUCAGAAUAUAAUUGUAUUAAUUUGAAUGUCUGAAAUAUCCAUGGAAAAUCACAUCCAGUGUUUGAUGAAUAAUUUGAACAGUUUUCUGCAAUCACAUGCAUUUAAAACAAAUCGAGUGCCAUUUAUUGGUGAAGCAGUCAGCAUAGAAACUGUAUGAUGGAAUUUUACAGAGGUCCUUGGUGCUGUUUUAUUGUUUAUUUACAUAUAUGUAUAAAAUUUUAUUGAAAAUGUGUUUUGGUUACUAAAAUUUUGACUUUUGAACAAAACAAAAGAUGAUGGAUGUCCUUAGUAUUAGAAUUAAUAUAACAUAGGUUAAACAGCUAAUGUGUUCAGAGUCAGCAAUAAAAUUAAUCUGAUAUUUCCCCUUUAAGCUCAAUACUUUUAUUUUUCAAUGUUUUAUUGCACAAAACUUUUUCUAACAAACCAUUUUCAAAAUAUCCUAAUAGGUAAACUGUUUUUAAUUUCUCUGUUAAAUCUUUUAUCUAUAUCACUUAUAACUUAUUUCUGUAUCAGGUAGGGAUGUUUUCUUCUUUAAGUACAGAAGAUCCAACUAGCAAUGGUUAUUCAAAUAGGGGUUUAUUUUUCUCACAUAACAAGAAGCAUAGAGGAAGGAACUGGCCACUGACAGUGCUUCAGUGACUCAAUGAUGCCAAGGUCUCUGAGAUUCCUUUAGGUUUUCCCUAAUGGCAACAAGAUGCAGUGUGUCUGUAUUCCAGACACACAAAGCAGUGAAGGAGGCAGAGCCCUCCACCUCUGACCCUGUUCUCAUAAAAGCAAAACCCAGAAAUUCACCUCAGGUUUGUAUUCACCUACUGGCCACAAAUAUAAUCAUCUCUAGCUCCCAGAAAGGUGGGAAAUGAAGUUGUAGACCUUUUCAGUCUGUAAUGGGAGAUGGAAAAGGAAAAGAGGCCUGGGAAUAAACCAUAGGUCAGGCAACCAAUAGUUUUGCCACUAAUUAUAAUUAGAGCAGAUGUAAUUUUAUAUUUGAAUUUUUUCUGUUAUUUCUUUAUAAAGCUCAUUUUAAAAUGGCAGCCUAAUAGUCCAUGUACCAUAAGUACUUAAACAUUCCUUUAUUGUUGGAUAUCUAAUUUUUUUCCAGUGCUAAUCUAAUAAAGAAAAUGUAACAGUGA